AUGUCGUCGACGUGGGAGAUGGGACUAAUGGAAACUGCUAAAGAAGAACUCGAAAUUCUUCAGACCCAAUAUCCAAACCGUUUCGCUUACCUCAAAUCUGAUCUCAACUCUUUCAUCUCUCGUCUCCGUGAAGAUCAUGCGCCGCCGCCACGUGUCUCCUCCGACGUCGUCCUCACUCAAGAAAUCUUGAAAAAGAUAAAGCAAUCUUGA